CUUCCCAUCGAGAUAUGUGAGCGGGUCAUAGAUAUCGUGUACCUCGACAUCACCCAUGCUUUGGAGUAUCGCCUGAAGACACUGCGCGCGUGCAUGCGGGUCUGUCGUGCAUGGGUCCCUCGCUGCCGAUACUACCUGCUGCACGGCGUGACCCUCGAGGAUCGGAAGCAGCUCUGGAAGUUCUCUGCGCUGCUUACCACGGAUCGCGGCUGCCGUGCGUACGUCAAAUAGCUCGAGCUCAUCUCAAGAGGGGAUUCCGCGUUUGUCAGAGCAUUCCCCUUGAUGCUCGCUCGCAAGUUGCCCAGCGUGGAACAUCUGCGCUUGUCUGGCGGGACUACCGGCGCCCGCUGCGCUGCAGGAGCCAAGUCGCUGCCUGACCCCCAACUCCAUCGAACCUACUUCCCCGCACUAUCGGGCCUCGUCUCACUCAAGACCAUGAAGCUGGAUUGCGUGGUGUUCCCUUCACUGGCGACAAUUCUUCGUAUCUGUGCAGCGUUGCCGAAUCUAGCCACCUUGGAGUGCCAUACCGUGGAGUGGUCGGCCUCUAGCGCUAGCGCGCAGUAUGUGCCCGUGCGCCCUCCUUCGCUCUUGACGUUGUAUAUGUUUUCUGCGACGAUACCCUCUCUCAUUAUGUUUGGCCACCUUCUCGCUUGAAAACCUUGAGUUCUGCGAUCAGGGUACGGACGACUUGGAGGUUCCGCUGACAUUCAUAGUCA